AAUAGAUGUCAGUAGCGUGCCUCGUAGAACCGCAUCGACCAAUGACAUGGAAUCUGUGGCGCUCUCACCGCCAUGUUGGUUCCAAGAUAUGACGCAUUCUUCGGCACCGAAGCUAACGGCCCGAGCCACAAUGGCGACGUUUUCUUCCAGUUUCUUCACCGUCGAGUGUCGGGCAGGUGAUUAGCAUAGCUAAGCUUCUCUCUUCGGCCAAUACGUGAGUGACAAACCUGGAUAACUGUACUUGGAUUACUAUAAUUCUCUGAGAGAAGAGGGACUGUCGCGAUGGAUACCUCAAAGCUUCCAAAGAUCCAGGAUGCGGAGCGAGAAAGCCAGUUUGGAUACGUCCAUGGAGUUUCGGGACCAGUGGUGACAGCUACUGCUAUGGCAGGAGCCGCCAUGUACGAGUUGGUCCGCGUCGGCCACAGUGAGCUGGUGGGAGAGAUCAUCCGUUUAGAAGGAGACAUGGCCACCAUCCAAGUCUAUGAGGAGACUUCUGGGGUGUCGGUGGGUGACCCAGUUCUUCGCACAGGUAAACCCCUCUCUGUGGAGUUGGGACCAGGAGUCAUGGGCUCCAUCUUUGACGGCAUCCAGCGACCGCUGAAAGACAUCAAUGACCUCACACAAAGCAUCUACAUCCCAAGAGGAGUGAACAUCGGCGCCUUGAACAGAGACCUCAAAUGGGAGUUUACUCCGAGCCAAAGUCUUCGGGUUGGCAGUCACAUUACAGGUGGUGACAUCUACGGCAUGGUGUUUGAGAACUCCUUGAUACAGCACAAACUGAUGCUUCCGCCUCGCAGCAGGGGCACAGUCACUUACGUGGCGCCGCCCGGAAACUACGACGUCUCUGAUGUGGUUCUUGAACUGGAUUUUGAAGGCAUCAAGGAGAAGUUUACCAUGGUGCAGGUAUGGCCGGUGCGACAGGUCCGCCCAGUCACCGAAAAACUGCCUGCCAAUCAUCCUCUGCUCACUGGUCAGAGAGUCUUGGAUGCACUUUUCCCCUGCGUGCAAGGCGGCACCACAGCUAUACCAGGUGCCUUUGGCUGUGGAAAGACCGUCAUCUCCCAGUCAUUGUCCAAAUACUCCAACAGUGAUGUUAUCAUCUACGUUGGCUGUGGAGAACGUGGGAAUGAAAUGUCGGAGGUGCUGCGAGAUUUCCCAGAGCUCACAAUGGAAGUAGGCGGCAAAGUUGAGAGCAUCAUGAAGCGAACGGCACUUGUUGCCAACACAUCCAACAUGCCCGUGGCUGCCAGAGAGGCUUCGAUCUACACAGGGAUCACACUGUCUGAAUACUUCAGGGAUAUGGGUUACAACGUGAGCAUGAUGGCCGACUCGACGUCGCGAUGGGCCGAAGCUCUGAGAGAAAUCUCUGGCCGAUUAGCCGAAAUGCCCGCCGACAGCGGAUACCCGGCCUACCUGGGCGCCAGGCUCGCCUCCUUCUACGAGCGAGCGGGACGCGUCAAAUGUCUGGGGAACCCCGAGCGAGAAGGCAGUGUCAGCAUCGUAGGAGCUGUGUCACCCCCCGGUGGAGACUUUUCAGAUCCCGUCACAUCAGCUACAUUGGGCAUAGUCCAGGUGUUCUGGGGACUGGACAAGAAGUUGGCUCAGAGGAAACACUUCCCAUCCGUGAACUGGUUGAUUAGCUACAGCAAGUACACUCGGGCGCUGGAUGAAUACUACGAUAAACACUUCCCUGAGUUUGUGCCUCUUCGGACGAAAGCCAAGGAGAUUCUCCAGGAGGAAGAAGACCUGGCUGAGAUAGUGCAGCUUGUAGGAAAGGCUUCUCUAGCCGAGACAGACAAGAUCACGCUGGAAGUCGCGAAGCUCAUCAAAGAUGACUUCCUGCAGCAGAACGGUUACACGCCUUACGACAGGUUCUGCCCCUUUUACAAAACGGUCGGCAUCCUCUCAAACAUGAUCGCGUUUUACGACAUGUCGCGGCACGCCGUCGAGUCCACGGCUCAGAGUGACAACAAAAUCACCUGGGCCAUGAUCAGGGAGCACCUGGGCGAGAUCUUGUACAAGAUCAGCUCUAUGAAGUUUAAGGACCCAGUCAAGGAUGGUGAAGCGAAGAUAAAAGCAGACUACGCACAACUGCUGGAGGACAUGCAGAAUGCGUUCCGGACCUUGGAGGAAUGAGUUUUUCAACCCUUAAGCGCCCCCCACCCCCUCCACCCAAUUUCUCAACCCCAUUUUUGGUGGUGCAGUCUCGUAGAGAUUAAACGGUCCUAUUUCUGAAUGUCACGUAAACUCCUUUGUGUUUACCUCUCCCGUGUAAGCAUUCCAUUACGUGCGCACGUUUUACAUUUCAUCCUUUUGAUUUACCUCGACUGUAAAAAGGGCCAGUCAGUACAUAUUUAUUUAUCCAUCGCUAUGUUUCAGUUCAAAACAGUCAAGUGCUGCUGCAAAGAAGAGGGAAUUUACUGGGAACACGCACACGACUUAAGGGACAUAGUGUUGUCUGGAGGGAAGGCGGACCGAUCUUCCACAUCUUAACCUCCAAAGUCUGAUGACAAUGUGAUUUUGUGGACUAUAUACUUGAUAUUACGUGUAAAAUGUGAAUGAAUGAGUGUAUUAGGAAUUGUGCUGUAGCAAAACAGACGUCUGUGUAAAGUCAAGUGCGUAUCAUGAAAUAAAAUAACUGGGCAAUACA